AUGCUGGGCUCGGUGAAGAUGGAGGCCCACGACCUGGCGGAGUGGAGCUACUACCCGGAGGCGGGCGAGGUUUACUCUCCAGUGACCCCAGUGCCCACCAUGGCCCCCCUCAACUCCUACAUGAGCCUGAACCCUCUGAGCUCUCCCUAUUCUCCCGGGGGGCUCCCUGCCUCCCCACUGCCCUCAGGACCCCUGGCGCCCCCAGCCCCCACAGCGCCCCUGGGCCCCACCUUCCCAGGCCUGGGUGCCGGCAGCGGUGGAGGCAGCAGCUCGGGGUAUGGGGGCCCAGGCCCGGGGCUGGGGCACGGGAAGGAGAUGCCCAAAGGGUACCGGCGGUCCCUGGCACACGCCAAGCCGCCCUACUCCUACAUCUCGCUCAUCACCAUGGCCAUCCAGCAGGCGCCCGGCAAGAUGCUGACGCUGAGCGAGAUCUACCAGUGGAUCAUGGACCUCUUCCCCUACUACCGGGAGAACCAGCAGCGCUGGCAGAACUCCAUCCGCCACUCGCUGUCCUUCAACGACUGCUUCGUCAAGGUGGCGCGCUCCCCGGACAAGCCGGGCAAGGGCUCCUACUGGGCCCUGCACCCCAGCUCAGGGAACAUGUUCGAGAACGGCUGCUACCUGCGCCGCCAGAAGCGCUUCAAGCUGGAGGAGAAGGUGAAGAAAGGCGGCAGCGGGGCCUCCGCCAGCAGGAACAGUGCCGGGUCUGCCGCGGCCACCGCCACCCCGCCGGCCGCGGUCGCCUCCCCGCCCCGGCCCCAGCCUCCGCCUCCCGAGCCUGAGGCCCCGGGCGGGGAGGAUGUGGGGGCUCUAGACUGUGGCUCGCCCCCUUCCUCCACACCCUACUUCCCUGGCCUGGAGCUCCCGGGGGAGCUGAAGCUGGACGCGCCCUACAACUUCAACCACCCCUUCUCCAUCAACAACCUGAUGUCCGAACAGACGCCGGCGCCGCCCAAACUGGACGUGGGGUUUGGAGGCUACGGGGCGGAGGGCGGGGAGCCCGGCGUCUACUACCAGGGCCUCUAUUCCCGCUCUCUGCUCAACGCCUCCUAGCAGGGGCGUGGGAGCGUGGCGGGUGGGGUGCGGCCGUAGCUCA